AACCACCCAAACCACAAGUAACAAUAGACCCAUAUCCAAUCCAAAUUCUAAAACAAUCUCUUUAAAUUUCACCACAAAAUGGAAGAAACCACAUGGGAACAAAGAUACAAUGCUCUAACUCACAUCUUAACUCACCCUACAACCACACCAUCUCUCCAUUCUCAAUAUUUUAUCUCAAACCAAAUCCCAUGUUACCUUAAUUGGGACUACCCACCAAUCUUGUGUCCUAAACACAACCAUUUCCAGUGGGCCAUUUGUCUUUUCCUCAAAAGGGUAUCUAACUUAGGUGUCAUUCAACAAGCUUCUUGGAGAUCAAAGUGCCCUUAUCAACUUCCACCACCAUUGGUGCUUUCUAAAGGUGUAGAAGAAGCUAAAUGGGAUGAUGAAUAUAAGAGAGAAUAUGUGAAGAAAAGAUUUAGAAAAAAGAAGUUGGGAAAUGAUAUCAACCCUUGGAUUCCAAUCUUGUUGCCCAACCUUAUCUUGAUGUCUUUUUUGUUUUGGGAUCCUUAUAAAGAUCAACCAUGAUAUAUAUGCACCUUAUUGAAUUUCAUACUAUCCAUAACAUGUUAGAUUAUUAUGUGUUGUUUAGAUUUUAAUGAUAUGUUUUUAGUUUAGUGUGUUUGGUUUUAACUAUCGUUUAGCUAAACAUUGAGAUAAAUAAGAAUGAUUUGUAUUUAUGUUA